CUCACAGCUCUGGGUUCCAUGAAUGACUCCUAGCACGAUAAACAAGGAAAUCAAAUGGCUUCUGCUACCCGCCAUGUUGGGAUUAUCACAAUGAAGUGACCCUGCAGAAUGUGGUCGAGUAUAUCAUAAAAUUAUUGGUGGAGAGAAGUGCUGGGCGAUGAGUAGAUUCAGCAGAGACAGAAGUCGAUCAGAAAAAUACAGUGGUGCUGCAUCCGAUGUUAGCGAAAGGGUGAUCCUCAAAGGAAAAGUACACGUUUUGAAUAUUGAGAAACAUAGCAAGCAGAGAUAUGUGGUUUUUGGUGCUUACAUGAGAUCCAAUGAUGAAACGACUAAAGAGCAUUAUUUUCUCAAGUUGUUCAAGGAUGAAAAGGAAGUCAUCUGUAAGGGAAUUUAUGAAUUUACCGCUGACCAAUUCUGUGGAACAGAGUUGGGGAGUUUAGAGACGCAAAAAUCUUUUGUAACCGUCAUGUUUUCUAAACACAAGGAUGCCUACUUAGCUCUGUUUCUAGAGGAUGAUACUGUGAUUUUUAAAGUUCGGGAGAGUGACCAACAAGCCAAGAAACUGCUGGAUGACUGGAAAACAAGAAUCGAAAAUGAAUUCAAAUUAAAGGAGCACUGGAUCAUAACUGCUCUGGAGGGCAAUGGUUUGCCACAUGAUAAGGUCACUCUACACAUCACAGAGCGUUCCGUCAGCAUAACUCUGAUCAACCCGCCUCAUUGUCUUCGUCGCUGGGACCUUAACAAAUGUAUUAAUGUGAGCCACCAUAAAGACAUCCUAGAAAUAGAAGUCAGUGACCCACUUGCAGAGAAGGAUGUCAAUAGACCAGGUGUUUACAAAUUUAGAACAAAAAGAUCGCACCUGAUUGCCCCUAAGAUAGAAUCCUCUAGAAUUCUCUACACAAAGAGACUUCGCUCAAGGUCUGUACAUGUAUCAAGUAGAGCCCCGCCUUCUUUUCCCCAACACAAGGGUGCUAGCUCGCCAUCAGCUUCCAGCCACUCUUCCUGUAGCCCUACUAUUACACCUGAGAAGAAAAGACCUCUACCGCCAGUCCCACCUUUGGUAGAGGAAGAAGAAGCCGCCACUACCUAUAUACCUUUACCUUUACAUGCAGUCCCCCCUGUUAGUGGUGGGGUAGCAAGAUCAGCAUCAGUGGGUGACCUGGUACAGGAACGUGGUCUUAGUGCAAUGAAAAACAAAGCUGGAUUGAAUCGUUGUGGAAGUUUUAAUGACUUGGCAGAAUUGGCUACUAUGUAUAGAGCAUUCCAUUUGGGCAGUAGACAUCCUUUAAAAAGUAUGAACGACCUUGGUCAGUCACUGAAAUCUGAAAGCUCAGUGACAACUAUGGGAAGGAAAAGAUUAAUGGCAAAAUUGUGGAGUAUACUUCGUCACAUCCAGGAAGAAGAUAUCUAUUGGUGCAUGAAGCACAGAAAUAUGCAGAGGCCAUGCUAUGAUGCUGACUACCUGAAUACAGAUAUAAGCUACACAUUAAUGUGUGCUCUCCGAGGCAGCAAACCAAGAAAGAACAUCUUGGGUCUAUCAAGAGCCACUAGGGACAGACUGGUCUGCAAGCUACAUGUGAAGGAAGGCUGGGAGAUCCUUGCUGAGCACAUAGGAAUGUCAUAUGAAGAGAUGAAUUUGGUAGAAGUUGUGUGCCGCUUCUACAAUGUUGUAGUCGGAGAUGUGAUUCUUCAACACUGGCAACUCCUGUCAGACAAAUCCAAAGACUUUGAACCAAGCUGUACCAAGAAAAAUCUAGUCAAAUUUGUCAAAGACAAAAUGCCAGAGAGGCAAGACAUACUGACAAUCUUAGAAAAUGACAAAUCAUUUCAGGAGACAGAUUUCAGUUGACCUUGAAGGUUGACUUAGUAAGUUAGUAAUAUGACUGGUGCCCUAUAUGAGACCUGUUAUCAGUUCAGCCGGCCUCAGACAUCCCUGUAUUAAGGUCUUUUGAUUUUAGUAUAACUGUUAUUUGUCCAUUUUAUUGCCAAAAAUGUUUUUUUUUCAAGUAUUUAAGAUAAUAAAUCUACAGCAAAUGUAAAUGUGUAUGUACCAGCAUAUAUGUUUUGUCUGUUUUUUAACUUCCAGAUGCACAUGGCAGUCUGUUAUUUACUACUGGUAUUCAUUUAGAUAUAUUCAGGUUGACAUAGCAUAAUGAAAAAAAAAUGUUUCGUACCAAUAUUGGUCCUGUGAAAAUGGUGUCAAAACAAUACUGAAAGUCAAAUAUUUUUGCAUAACAGUCUGUGCUAACCCUUAGUGCUGAUUUUCAUACAUCAGUGACUUAAAAUGUCUAGAGCAGAAAGCCCAACUUUGGGCGGGGUGGAUUGAGGGCAGAGGGACAUUUGCCCCCUCUCUCUUUCAUUCUCCCCUACCCCCUCCAGGUUUUUGGAUUAAUAGUGUCCUACUGUAGUCCUACAGUCCUACCUGCUGUUGGAUUUCCAACAGCUGCCUCCCAAGCAUCUGCUUUAAAGGGAUAACUGUUCAUUUUGGCCUAAAAUUGAAUUUUCCUGGGGUAAAGGACAAUUUUCCCAUACAUACAAAUGGUAUAUGAAUCCGUUCCCACAUUAGUCCUUGGUUUUUUUCUAAAAAGUUGUUUUUUGUAAUAAUCUCUUAAGAGAUCUCAAGAGAUUAUUACAGAGUGUAGCCAU